AUCCUCUUCAAACCUAGGCAGCCUCGACAUGUCCUCUUCCUCCUCUCUCCCGUCUCCCCCGCCACCCUCCGCCGGCGCCACCUCCCCCUACUCCGCGUCGUCCUCCUUACUCCCAUCCUUCAUGAUCAUCGCCGCGCUGCUCGCCUUCGUCUUCCUCGCCUCCGUCGCCAUCCACCUCCUGCUCCGCUUCCUCUCCGACCCCUCCUCGUCUUCCGCCGCACCGCCGCUCCCUCUGGCGCACCGCGACGAGGUGCGCUCGGCCGGUACAGUGGAUUCUACGGCGCGGCCUGCCUCUGUGGCUGCGGUCGAGGGGGAGGAGGAGGAGGCCAGCGACGAGAAGCAGCGGCUGAUCGACUCGCUGCCGCUGUUCACGAUGGCGUCGGCGCUGGCGGCGCUGCCCAAGAGCUCCCCGGACUGCGCCGUCUGCCUCUCGCUGUUCACGCCCGAAGCCGAGCUCCGGCUGCUCCCGGCGUGCCGCCACGCGUUCCACGCCUCCUGCGUCGACGCCUGGCUUCGCACCACGCCGUCCUGCCCGCUCUGCCGCGCCUCCAUCGCGCUCCCGCACCCCUCGCUCUCCGCCAUGCUCGCCGCCGCGCAACCGCCGCCUCCGCCGGAGCCAAGGAGCAGGGACCGGUCCAGAUCAAGCUUCCUUGUCGAGAUCGGCACCGUCAGCAACCGCGGCUCGUCCGCGCCGGGCCCCGGGGGCGGCAACGGGAACAGCCGCACCUACUCGCUCGGCUCAUUCGACUACCACAUCGACGAGGAGGUGGAGGCCGUCGUGUCCCGCGUCGCGCGCGCCACUGUCAAGGAGCAGAAACCCGCAAGCGAGGAGGCUCCAUCGCCGUCGCCUCCCGGUGAGGCGGUGGCUCAAGCGGCGGGUUCGUCGCGCGGCUGGCUGCGUGAGUACGUGGACCGGCUGGCCUCGUCAGCCUACACGUUCUCUGAGCGGUGGAGCUCGCGGUGGAACCAGAGCCACCAAAGCCACGGGCAGGAAGAGCCGUGGCUGUGGGACGUGGAGGUAGGGGCAGCGGAGAUGUCGUCGGCGCCGGGGUCGGACGAGGAGGAGACGGCGUUCAUGGUGCUGUACCGCUGGAUCGCAGGGGUGUAAACGUAGUCACACAAAGUUACGAGGGCUUCUGUGUUAAGUUGCUAGUGUUGGAGAGUUGUCAGCCUUCAGGUGAGGUGAUCCAAAUGUCUUGGAAGCUUCAGUUGACUAUGGUUCAUGGUAGGCGUCAGCAGUAGCAGCAGCAUUUGCACAUAGUUCAUCCUCGGAGUUCGGAUUUUGGAAAGCGAGGAGAUAAGACGCCAAGAUAGACAACGUGCAUGCAGAAUUGUUCUUUUAUGUGGUGUAGUUCAUUGCAUCCUUUUCCUUCUCCAAGCAUGUGGUUGUCGUCUGUCAUGCGUAAGUGUGCUUGUGUGUGCUUGUCACAACUCACAUCGUGGCAGUCACAGGUGUCAGCGCGAAUGCCUGAUGGCAAAGCAGUGUCAUCGUCUUCAACGUGGACUGGUAAAAUGCGAGAGGAAAGAAUGGAUUAAGAGAUGCAACUUCGUCUACUUAAACACAGAGAUU